UUGGGAUUGGAUGCGUCCCGGUUGAGCAUCGUCGUGUCGCGGUUGUUGUGCUACGUUUGCGUCUUUUUUGCGAAUGCGUCGUUCGAUAUUAUUCUAAUUUAGGUAUAUAUUUUAUUACGUCUAUUGCUAUCGCAUUUGUAUUUGCUUAGGACAAAACAGAAAACUUUGCAGCCUGCGGCCAGGAUUUAAUCGAAUCAAACGGGAGUCGUUGUGGUUUGCUACUGAAGGGAGAAAAAAAAAAUAGAAGAAGUUCAGACAACUGCCAGCUUAGAGGUUGGGAUUUUCCGUGAAUCACAAGCCAGAAGGUUUUUUGGAUAGGGGAGUGCAAAUAAACUUCCCGGAGGAUUAAAAAUCAUCGAUGCAUCAGUGCGCACCGAAUGCGACAUACUACUGUGAAGUGAAAUGAAACUAGCAGGGAGCAGGAAAUAAAUCAAGAUCAACGCCCUGAAUAUCCAAAAUAAAAGGAUAUGCACAACGCGAAACCAAGAGAAGAUGUGUGAGUGCUCGCAGUGAUUAUUGGAUUAUCGGUGAUUUGUUUUGAUUCGAAAAUUUCUGCCCCACGGGAAGAGGAUAUCCUCUCUUCUGUGCUGUCGCCUUCUGAGGUUUCGAAAAUGUGAGCAUUCGUCGUCCUGGAGUAAAGUGACACCAAACCGGGAAAGCAUCCGGGUGUUUGCAUUGAAGAAAAGUGACAAAAAGAGAACACAGAAGAAGAAGAAGAAACAUAACGGCGCAAAGUGCAGGGAGUUUCGUGUUCUAGCUCGUGAGUUGGGGGUAUGUAAUUCGAUAAUUGCUGAUCGGAUUAUGAGAGGGUGGUUGAGUCGUGUGUUUGUGGUGAUAGAGCAAGAGAAGGAUAAAGGAGAACCGAAUAACGACCCUGAGGGCUGUAGGGUAACUUUAAGGUGAUUGAAAAAUACGAAAUAUUACGCCAUCCAAUAGAAAGAAGGCGGGUGAUUGUAAUCAGAGAAACGAGUGAAGAGUGGAAGUGUGUUAUUUUUUUUAUGAGUGAGAGAUUGAACAAGUGAUUUCAAGCCGGUGUGUAGCAUGGAAUUGGUGCAUAGAAUCUAGAGUUUUACAAGAUCCUCUUUUCCGCAGUGCCGUCAGAAAUUGGCCAGAAACCACAUCGCACCACUUUUGAAUUGAUUCAGCGGAAUACCACUUAUUCCACAUGACCCCGUCAAUUACCGUCACUAAUUGAGCGCUGACCAAGCCUCAAUUUGAGCUGGACGACCAUCGACUGGUAUCAGGCACACAGUCACUCACACACACGCACACGUCCAUGCUGAAACAAAAUUACUCCAUCAAUUAAAAGCACUCUAGCAUCGCAAGAGGGCGAAAACGAUCGACAAACCUUUCAGCUUGCUGGAACGCCUGGAAAAACAACCAACCCCCCACCACAGCCCACACGGGUUGCAGCAAUCAGCAGAUUUUCCACCUGCCCGAGUGCAUACGUAGUAGUGGAAUAAUUACUCCCCAGCCACAAGCAGGAAGUAAGAGCACACAAGUCGCUGCCCUCUAGCGGAAGCGAAAAGUAAUAUUGAAUUUUGAAUGGUGAUUGGUGCAUCCGACCGCCCGCUGGACGAAGGACGGAGGUGAACUUUUGGGCAAUCGGUGUCCGACCCGUGAAGUGAAUGGGAAACCAACGAAGGCAGCUGAAAUCGGCAAUAAUUGAUUGCGAAUAUCGGUAGAGCUUAGCUGACACCGGCAGCAUCAGUUAGUGUAUCGAUCUAAUUAGUGAGUGUGGUGCGUUGGACAGGUUUCGAUGGAAACAAGCAAAAUGCACUCAUCGACUCGACGAACCCGGAUGGACCAGACUGGCGGCUCCGGCACAGCCAUCCUGUUGACGUUGCUAAUACUGGCCGUGCAGUUCACUUCCAGUCAGCUCCAGAAACGCUGCCCGACCGACUGCGAGUGUAAUCUAGAUCAAAGGGGACUGUACCAGACGACCUGCACAAAAGUUCAAUGGCGCACGGUCCCGGUGCACGACUUCGACAAGGAAGUCGAAGUCAUCCUCAUCCAAGGCUCGAAGAAUUCCCUCACCAUCGGACCGAUGUUCCAGUCGCUCUCGAAGCUGGAGGUACUGAAAAUAACCAACGCCAACGUGCCGGCCAUCGGCAUGAACUCCUUCUGGGGUCUGGUCAAACUGCGCACACUGGACCUCUCGCGGAACAACAUCACCCAAAUCAUAGUCGAUAACUUCCGAGGGCAGGACAACCUGCUGGAGCUGGACCUGUCGAAGAACCGAAUGGAGCGGAUAGCGAGCGGCACGUUCGGGCAUCUGAAGAGCCUGAAAUCGCUGAACCUGGCGGACAAUUCCAUUGACGAGCUGAAUGCGCGCCUUUUUCUCCAUUUGGCGAAGCUCAAGUAUCUGGAUCUGAGUCGGAAUCCCAUCGACGAUCUGCCUCCGGAGGUUUUUAAGGACGUACAGGAAUUGAAAGUGCUGAAGGUUCGGGGGUGUCAUCUGUUGAACGUGAAUCCGCAGGUUUACAAUAUGCUGACUCAUCUCUCCGAGCUGGAUUUGGGCCUAAAUCAGUUCACCUACUUCGUCCGGACGGAAUUCAAAGAUCUGAAACGUUUACGAGUUCUCCGUCUCGACGGCAACCAACUGUCGGUCGUCGUAGACCAUCUAUUCGAGUAUCUGAAAGUACUCAACUUUCUAGACCUCUCGUUCAACCGGUUGGCCAAAAUCUCGGAGAAAGCAUUCGAGAAUUUAUCGAAUCUCACAUAUCUGGACGUAUCGUACAAUAAAUUAUCACGCAUCGAGCCGGAAUGCCUGGAACCGGUGGCAGCAAGUUUGCAAACAUUCAACAUCAGCGGCAACCUGCAGCUGGACCUGAUGGAGGUGAAUCCCACCUUCCAGGUCAUCCCGAACAUAUCCACCCUGGCCGUGGCCGACAUGGGCCCACUUCCGUUGAAGCUAUUCGGUCCGUUCAAACAGUUGCACACGCUGAAUCUGUCCGGAAAUCACAUCGACAACAUCACACUGCAAAUCAUACAGCCGUUGGCGCACUUGCGGCUUCUGGACCUGUCCCGCAACCAGCUGUCCGGGGUUGAGGUUCACCAUGCAUCGCAGCUGGCCCGGAUCGCCGACCUGCGAAUGGACAAUAAUCCCCUGAUAUGCGACCGAUGCCACAUGGGAGCGCUCAUCGACAUGGCGGCCACCGAGCUGCCAUGGCCGGAGAAACCCGUCUGCUUUCUGCCGGAACGUUUGCGGGGCAUACCGAUUGAUGACCUGCAACCGGCGAGCGUCGAAGUCUGCAUGGAGGUGAUUGUCGACGAGGACCAUGACGCCGCCAGCACAUCGCAUAAUUUUCUGGAACAAGCCGGGAGCGUUAGUUUGCUUGCUUUUUGUGGUCUGAUGCUGUUCAUCGUUCUGGCGAUAAUCGUGGUUUCAACGGCGAUUUGCUUCUCCCGUCACCGGGCACGGUACUACACGCACGAAGAGAAGCGAGAUACCAUGAUGGAGAAGAAUGGCACGGAGACCUCGAUCCUGACGGCCGCCGGUAGUGAAAUCAACUUCAAGUUCCCGUACACCGACCGGGUCUGUACCAUCGAUGAAAUGUGCAUCCCGCCGCCUCCUCCGCCACCGGGCAAACUGCCGGCAAACGUCAUCGAGCGGUUCGAUUAACGAACGGAGUCGCCGACGACCGGCGAUGAUGGCAUUUCCAUUGAGGAUGGUGGCAGCGGCCCAUCUGGAGCUAUUACCAUCACCACGGUGGCCAUUAUCGGGGACGAUUCGUCGACGUCGGCAUCGAUCAUGGGCAUCGGAACCUCGUCCAGUGCCAUCACGACCAGCAGCAGUUUGGGCGGUAGCAGUACUUGUGUGGGAGGUGGAUCGGCGGCAACUUCGGCAGUACCUGCUGCCACCGCUGUUCCCCUUCGUGGUAUUCUAAGGAAAAGCAAGGAUGUGUUCUAAGAGUUAAGCACCAGUCGGUCACCAGUGUACAUAAAAGAGCCUGUGAGAGUUUGUAUUUAAGCAUCUACAUUAGAACGUAUGCUAGUUUGUAAAUGAUUUUGCGAGAACGACCAUGCGCCUCCAUGGAAUCAAAUUACUUUGGUAGGGCGCAUUGUACUUGCUAAAAAGUCCCAAAACUUCAAAUGGAUUUGACGCGCAGAAAAGGAGAACGCAAAUUGACCAGUGAAUCUCGACAAAUUAAUUGUAAUUAGUCACUAAUGAGUGUUUUGUCGACACCAUCAUCGUGUGCGAAGCAGAAUGACUAAUGAUUUCUUAAGUGAGACAACUUGUAAAUACAAGCAACAGAACCCCCGCCCCGGAAGGAAUCACAGCAAAAACAGACGGCAGGCGAAACGGGAAUCCGUUUUUAGUAGUACACAUACAUAAGGGGGGGAGAGUCCUUCCCCCCCGUUCCAUCGCCCCAUCACCGAAUCUCGGAUUUAGUGUUUUUAGUCGCGUAGUGUUGUGUAGUGGAAUGAAAAUGUUUAUCCCCGGUCGGUGGCAUAACGAUGAGCGAGAAUGAGUGUGCGAAACGGUCGGAAGAGUCUAUUAAACGCUAGGAGGUAGGAAAGCACAAGAUUAAUGAGUCAUCGUCAUCACAGCCUCCUCACAGCCGGUGUUGGAACUUGGGGCUGGACGGCGGUGGAAAGUGAUUUCAUGCGAAAAAACGAGAUUCAUAUUCAUACGAUAUACGAAUAGAAAAGUGCGUGAGUGUUGUUUGUGUGUGGGAGUGCAAGUGUUAACAUAGUUGAAAGAGUUUAUUAUAUUCGGGCGAUCGAAGAAACGAGUUGUUCGGAUUAGGGUUGCUCGUUCAUUCUGUACUUUUUGAACGUAUCAAAUAAAGAAAAUGACUUUUU